CAUGACACAAGCCAACCACCCAACCCAUCCCAAAAACACUCCCCUUCCUUGUAACUUAACAGUUAACACCGACCACCCCAAGAGCCCCAUCGCAACUCAACUUCCCCCCACCAAGACAUGAGGCCCCGUAUUCGUACCCCCACUCGAUCCAUCGUCGCUCUGUCCGGAGACAAGAAAGAACCAGGAAUUCUCCUCCGAGAUCCACCGAACCCCCGAACCCAUGACCAAGAUCAUGAACACAUCCCCAAUCCUCACCCGAGCACCGUUUUUACCCGGCUCAGGGUAGAGAAUCCUAUACGAAGAAGCACAGACACCCCUCCCACUCUCCACUCCACCGCACUCCACCGCACUCCACCGCACUCCACUCCCGGACCUGCCACACCCGACGCAACCUAUCAGCUCCCCAGCUACGGGCCAGCUCGACAAGCUAGACUCGUCAGCGGGCGGGAGCUAGAGCUUUGCUCUGUCAGAUGUAUAGUGAUGUAGUAAGGAGGGGUGCAUUUACCCCCCGUAUAUACGGAGGGCUCGGGCUCGGGCUCGGGCUCGGGAUGGGGGAUGGGGAUAAGGGAUGGGGAUAGGUAGGGGUAGGGAGGGUAUCCACUCGCCGUUUCGAGUAAGCUGUACGCGGUACACUACUCAUAGAGUCAGUCUGAAUGGGGUG